AAAUGACUUAAAAAUAAGAUACAAAAUGCAAUCACACAUUGCACAUAAGUUUAUACUUGUAAUGGACUAUUAUAAUACAAAACAUUUUACUCGGCAUUUUCUUCAACUUAUGAGAUAUAUGCAUUUUGAGAUUCUCAAACUUUCACAUGAACUUAAUCGUGCCUAUACUUAUCAAAUUCUGUUAGACUUAGCAGUACAUUUUACAUUAAUAACGUGUGGACUUUAUAAUAUAUAUUUUUCUUUUAUAUUAAAGUUAACAGAUUUGUUAACAAAUAAAGAAAAUUUAUUAUUUCUAUUAUGGAUUUUUGUAAGUUCAGCAAAAACUAUUUUUUUAAAUAAUCAUUGUAAUAAUUAUUAUCGCGAGGUAGAAGUAACAGCACAUUUGCUUCGAGAAUUAGAAAUUUGCUAUUUGGAUAAUUCUAUUAAAGACGAGGUACAACAAUUUUCAUUACAACUACUUCUACAUCCGUUACAAUUUACUGCUGGAGGUUAUAUUCUUAACAAUAAAUUAUCAAUGUUAUUUUUUAGUACUAUAGCAACUUAUUUGAUCGUAUUAAUACAAAUAAGUUCAACGCCUAAUUUGAUACAGCCCUUGUCCCAUAUUUCAAGUCAUUAAUAGUAUUUAA